UAGUUAGAGUUGAUCUUUCAACUUGUUACACUCAAUUCCUCAUUUUAUUAUCGCUAUUUUUUAUUCAUAAAGUUUUUUUCGCUUCAUUUUAUCGUAAAAAAUAAAAUUUGAGUGUAAUUUUUCAAAUAACAUGUAAGAGUGGGUCGACCCACCCUGGCCCACCCAGAAGUAGCAUGGCGCGGGGCAUGGGUAUUGAGGUACCCGCCCCACCCCGCCCCAUUGCCAUCACUAGUGAUAUGGAUAAUUAUGAUGUCUUUUUAUGUUAUUUAGUCCUAAUAAUAUAAAUGCUAUAUAGAUGUUGUUAGUCUUUAUAACAAUAUAGUCGUAAAAUUUUUCAAUUACAUAAAAAUGCGAGUAUUCAGAGAAAUUAUAUAUACGGUCGUCUAUAAAACUAUGAAUACCCAUAUAUCAAAGAGUAAAUAUGAAUUGAGUCCAAUAAAUUUUUUGAUAAAUUUUUUGACGUGUUGAAUUGGGUUUGAGUUGGGACCAAUUUACACCAUCGCACCACAAUAGAUGGAAACAAACAACGUGUGUACCGAUAACAUAACAAACUUUUACCCAAACCCACGUAAUCAGAACCCAACUCCUAUUUGAUUUCUUUAUUUUCAAAAAAAUCAGAAACUAUUUUUUGAAAAUUUACCCCAAUCUCCGAAAUUCGAAAACAUUGGUCCUCAAUAUUCCACAAAUAUAUUCCAUUCAUAUAUAAAUCAUAAAAUCUCAUAUUUAUAUACAUACACACUCACUCUCAUACACAAAAAAGAAACAUCACCAUCUCUUUCUUUCUCUCUACUCUCGCAUCGCAGACUCUCUCUGUCUCUCUGCGUCUGUCUUACAUUACACAGGUCGGAAGGAAGCCGAUUGAUUUGAUUAAAUGAAGGAUGAGAAAUGGAAGCUAUCAAAGAGCUAUUCCACCAAGAACACCAGUAGCAGUACCAGCAGCAGCAGCAGCAGCAAUUUCACGCGGAGUUUCUCCACAAGGACCAGCAGCAGUACUACCACUGGUGCUAGUACAGCGUCUUCGUCCUCCUCUUUCUCAAACAAGUCUCCCUUCCUCAGAAAAAGCUCUUCCCUCAAGUACGCCGCCGCCGGCGAAGGCGGCGGCGAGGGUUACUCUGAAAAGGGGGGUUCGUCGGCGUCAAUCGGAAGGAAAUGCACCAACUUGGCGAAAGAGCAGAAGGCCCGAUUCUACAUCAUGCGCCGCUGCGUCGCCAUGCUCGUCUGUUGGCACAAACACGCCGCCGAUCCCUGACCCUCAUCACCAAUUGAUGCAUCGCGUACCAGAUUAAUUGGGGCAAAUCUUGACUUUAUUGUUACCCUUCUCUGUUUUUCACUUGUGGAAUUUUGUUUGGGAGGGAAUUGAAGGACAGGACAGGACAAGACGCAGCAUCCAACAGAUGAUCAUCAUCAAUUGAUCGAUUGCUGUGACAGAGUUGAGCAAAAAAAAUUUCCCUUUAUUUUCCCUCUUCAAUUUUUUUUCUUUCUGGGUUGUCAUGAGCUUAAUUGGGUUGAGCUUGUAGAAUCAUAUAUGAUGAGGUGUAAUUAGUUAGAAACGAUUUGAUGAAUCAACGAUGAUGAUAUAUAAAAAUGCCCCACAGCAGAGCAGAGCAUAGCUGAGCUCUAGCUAGAUACAAAAACCCAGUGCGACAUUACUAUGAUUCCAUCUACUUAUAGUGUCCUUGUACAUACACUGCAAGUUGAGCUCUUUCUGGGUUUUCUUACUUGAUUUAGCAGCUUCAGACGCCAUUGACGAAUCUGGAAAUCCAUGAUCAUUUUAGGGAAAAGGGAUCUCUGUCAUCCUGAAGAUUAAUAUAUAUGUUGCAAUAGAGAUCUCUAGCUAUGUCCCUUAGUAGAGUUACUAGCUAAUUCUCUCCCCUUUUUCCUCCAAUGCAGAAUGGUGGGUUUGUAGUGUUGCGAUUUGUCACUAAUAAUGGAAGAGAGAUUCCUUCUUCCCCAUUGCUCGCUCUGUCAGAUAAAUGUUGGAACUGACACUGAGCUGUGAGAGCCCACCACCACCACCUCCCAAGCAAUUAUUUUUGGAUCCGGAUUCCCCAUUUUCCACACCCAACCCAUCCAUCCAUCCCUCACUAUAUAUGUAGCAGAUUUGACUACUGGUUUGGUUACACUCUCUCUUUCUGUCAUAUUACUACUACUUGCUUUCCUUCUGCAAAACAAGCGCGCAUUAAUUAGGAGGCGAGGAGCUCUAUUCUAUCUAUGGCAGUAUUGUACACGAGCGCAUGAAGAAUACCAAUGGAAGGCGUACACAUAUAUGGUAAAGGUAAGCGUCUUUCUGGCCACAACCUGCAUUAACAGCACUGGAGAUGGUACUAACAGGAAGGAAGGAAGGAAGGAAGGAAGGAACAAUGUUGGCAGUGAAGGUGGAAAAAAAGUUGGGUUUCUUUGGCCCAUGUCGACGGAAAUAAUGAUAAUCAAUUGAAAAGAAUCACUGUAGGCGAAGAACCUGUCACUUCGUCUCUGUAUAGUGGCGAUCGUACUGCUUCAUGUGCCAAGGAGCUAAGGCUAGCUAGCCAGUUGGCUAGCUUUGUGUGGACAGAAUUGAAUCAUUUUCAUGUCAAAGUACGUACCCAGGAGAGGCUAGCUAGAAUAAAUAGAGAGGAGUUCACACUAGUAACAAUGUGUCAUGUUACUACAGCCGUGUGCUUGCUGAGACCACCAAUCCCCACAACGUUAUUGCGAGAACGUUCUCAUAGGGCUAGGCGUUGCGUACAAGCAUUAGACAUCCUGUAUGUUGAAUGAACACUUUGAUAUUGUAUUUACAAAAUUAUCACUACGUUGAUUCAACAGCCACAAGCCACCCCAAACACCUGAUCCCGACAGCUCGCAGCCAUAGGCAGAGCCAGAGCUGUUUGCCUUGUCUCAGGACAGGGGUAACUUUUGGGGAGGGGAAAAAUACUCAUACAUAUGUUUGAACGAAUCUAAUUUCAACACCUACAAGUAACAUAAGGAUGUUUUGACACUACAUCAUAACUUAUUACUUAUUCAUUCAUUUACAAAAUAUAAUUAAUUUAUUCGACAACCACUUGUUUCUGUUCGACAAAAAUAGAAGCUAUCAAUUUAUCAUGACACCAUAACUCACUUAAGAGUGUAAACAAUGAAUGUAUUUUACAUUUCUUGCAUAAUAUGAAAAUUCGUCGUGAAUUUAUGCAAACAAUAAUUAUAUUAGUCAGUUAUUUCUUUCUAGAUGAAUGAAUUAUUUGGAUAUUU